UGUUGCGCUGUUUACGUUGGCACUUCCCUGGAAUGCAGCGAACUGGCGCAAAACAGCGUUUAUACUAGAAAGCUAAGCUUUAGUAUGCGUAGUAAAUUGCUAGAUGAUACACCGGUGGGCACAGGGAAACCAGGUCUUUCAUCGCCCAUUAUAUUCAACGACAACUGUCAACGUUUUACUAGCCAGUCUCUCAGAACCAGACUGUCAGACUCUAACCAUGGCUAUGAGGAGCGAGGCCAGGGUCGAGGCGGAGGCAGAGGUAGAGGGGGAAGAAAACUAUGGACCACAACCUCUUUGCAGACUAGAGCAAUGUGGAAUCAGUGCCAGUGACAUUAAGAAGCUGGAGGAGGCAGGUUUUCACACAAUUGAGGCAGUGGCCUAUGCACCUAAGAAGGAGUUGCUGAACAUCAAGGGCAUCAGUGAGGCCAAAGCUGACAAAAUUCUAGCUGAAGCUGCCAAAUUGGUGCCAAUGGGCUUCACAACAGCCACUGAGUUCCACCAGAGGAGAGCAGAAAUCAUCCAGGUUUCUACAGGCUCAAAGGAGCUGGACAAACUACUACAAGGUGGUAUUGAGACGGGCUCCAUCACAGAGAUGUUUGGAGAGUUUCGGACAGGGAAGACUCAACUGUGCCACACACUAGCUGUCACCUGUCAGCUGCCCAUUGACCAGGGGGGUGGAGAAGGUAAAGCCAUGUACAUUGAUACAGAGGGAACCUUCAGACCUGAGCGACUCCUUGCUGUCGCAGAGAGAUACGGGCUGGUGGGCAGUGAUGUUCUAGACAACGUUGCCUAUGCCCGAGCCUUUAACACAGACCAUCAGACCCAGCUGCUGUACCAAGCAUCUGCCAUGAUGGCUGAGUCCAGGUAUGCUCUACUGAUAGUGGACAGUGCUACUGCUCUGUACAGAACAGACUACUCGGGCAGAGGAGAGCUGUCGGCCAGACAGGGACACCUGGGACGUUUCCUCCGUAUGCUGCUCAGGCUGGCAGACGAGUUUGGCGUUGCUGUGGUGAUAACCAAUCAGGUGGUAGCACAGGUAGAUGGGGCAGCCAUGUUCUCUGCAGAUCCCAAGAAACCAAUUGGUGGCAACAUAAUGGCUCAUGCCUCCACCACACGUCUGUACCUGAGGAAAGGUCGAGGAGAAACAAGGAUUUGUAAAAUCUAUGACUCGCCCUGCCUGCCAGAGGCUGAAGCCAUGUUUGCUAUCAAUGCUGACGGAGUGGGCGAUGUCAAGGACUGAGUGGGCAUAAAGAGGAAGCUACAGGGUGCUGGUAAAUGCUCUAUCACCUGCUCACUUGUUUCUUGGACUGCUUUGUUGAAUGACGAUGACCUGAACACAAAGCCACAGAUGGGCUCAUUGGAUUUUGAGUUGGCUUCCCAGAGGCAGAGCUGACAAGAUGGUCCUGGCUCUAUGCCCUGCAAGCUCACUGAUACUGCUGUGACAUUAAAAGAUUUGUUUUGUGUAUUCAACAAAGUAAAAAACAAAACUGUUUAAUACAGUUAUGACGGAAUAUCAUAGUUAUGGUAUACUACUUCAUAAUUUGGAGGUAAUAUCUGCAUAAUCACAAAAAAUCUUAUGAGGUUUAUAUUCUAGAAAGAAUUUCUUUACUUCUAACCCUUACCCUACCUGUAAUGUGUCACAACUCAUAAUUAUGAGUCACUAAGUCGUAAUGACAGAAAAAGUUGUUUUCGUUGUUGAAUGUGCUGCAGUUUCAUCUGUAGAGUCUUUAAAAAAAAAAGAAAGUAUUGUAAAACUAUUUGCAAAAGCUUGUGACAUUUAUCUUUAUGUUCAUUUGUUGUUUAAGUUUCUGUCGAGUCGUGCCUUUUUGGGGGGGUCUAAUGGUGAAGCUUUUUUUCAGAAGGUAGUUGAAACAUUAUUUUACAAUGAACACAGAAAGAUAUAAUAACAUUUGUCUGCCUUUAAUUCCUUCAGUCAAACCACUAGUUCUUUUACCAUUAAAUUAAACCUGUUGCAAUAUCA